AUGGGUUCCGGCGUCGGGAAGGUGACAUCUGAGACUCAGAUCCAGAAGGUGGUGGAGCUGGACUAUGGGCCAGAAAACACAGCCUCGACCAGCAGUACGUCCCAUGCUGCGAAACGGUUUCAGGGAGCGCAGGGAGAUUUCGUGCCGCCCAACGCAAUUUCCAAUCUCGAGCCUGGAAAGCAGACCCUCGCGGAGCGGGUCGAAGCGCUGGAAUGGAUCGUGCAGCAACAGGCUCAGCAGCUGCAGCAAAUGACGAAGGCACUGGAGGGGGUCCAAAAGGAUGUCCGGCGAACCGUGUCCGUGAUGCAGUACAACAUCCUGGCCUCGUACCUGGGCAAGAACACGCAGCCCUGGUUUCUCUACGGUGCGGACAUCAGCCCCGAGGAGCGGGAGAGGAUCUUCGCCAAGUUUAACGAACGAGGCCCCGAUGGCACGCCGAAACACAGGUGGCCGGACUACGCCACAGGAAUCCUGAGACCCGAUGAGAUCACUGCCGUGGAGCAGUACGACACCUUCUUCAGGUGGGAGUUCCGACGGCAGAAGCUUCUGGAGCAGAUCGAGAGCAUGGAUCCAGACGUGCUGUCGCUGGUGGAGCUGGAUGAUCACGGGUUUUUCGCCGAAUGCCUCUGCGACGAGUGGGACUCAGUUUUCCGCAAACGGCCGAGGGCCUCGUCCGCAGACGGCUGCGGCAUCUUCUGGCGGAAGUCGAAGUUCGAGUGUCUCGCCUCGGAGGGUUUCGACAUGGUCGAUGGCAACGAUGACAAGGGCCGUGAGAAACGGGACCGGAGCUGUGUCAUGGUGCUGCUGAAGUGGCGUGUGGCCGGCCCGCACAUCCUACCGUUGGUGGUCGUGUCCACGCAUCUUGCCAAGGAUCCCUACAACAAGGCGCAGACGGCCAUCCGUGUGCGCCAG